AUGGAUUAAAAAAUUGGUUUAUAACCAGGUUUAAUAAUUGAGUCUAGAUUUAAAUUAUUGAAAAGGAUAGGAAGUGGCAGCUUUGGAAUUGUUUACUUAACAUAUGAUUUAGAGGAGAAAGAGUAUUGUGCAACGAAAUUUGAAAGUAGAAAAUUAUAAAUGAGAAUGAUGAAUAGAGAAAUUCUCAUAUUAAAAUAAUUGAAAGGUAUCAAUGGUAAAUUAUUAUACAUUUCAUUAAAUCAAUUUCAGGUUUUCCAGAAUUAAUUCACUAUGGGAAAGAUAGCUAGUAUUAAUUUUAUAUGUGUACAUUGUUGGGAGAGAAUCUAGAAGUGUUAUUAUAAAAAUGUGGUGGUAAAUUUACAUUAUAAACUGUGCUUUAACUAUCAAUAUAACUAAUAGAUCGUUUGGAAGGUUUAUAUUGUUAAUUAUUAUUAUAGUAUUUCAUAGUAUGAAUUUUAUUCAUAGAGAUAUAAAACCAGAGAAUUUCUUAAUUUCUAAGGAGGAUGUUUCAUUAGUAUAUUUAAUUGAUUUUGGAUUGUCUAAAUAUUACAGAAUGACAGAUGGUAGACAUAUAGAAUUUACUUAAAAAACUGGAGUAAUUGGUACAGCAAGAUAUGCUAGUAUAAAUACAUUAUAAUGUAAUAAAAAAUAUUAAUAUAAGGGAUGGAAUAAUCAAGAAGAGAUGAUCUAGAAAGUCUAGGAUAUAUGCUAAUAUAUUUUAUGAAAGGAGAAUUACCUUGGUCAAAUAUUAAGGCACUUGAUAAAGAGGAUAAAUAUGAACAAAUUUUAUAAAUUAAAAUGGGAUUACCUUUAAAUCAACUUUGUUUAAAUUUACCAAAAGUAUCAUUAUUUUUAAAUAAUAGUGUUUUAUUCAUUAUUUUUAACAUGUAAAAUCAUUGCUUUUUCAACAGUAGCCAAAUUAUUCUCAUUUGAGAAAUCUAUUCGAAAAAUAAUUGCUUGAAUAUGAUCAUCAAUUAUAUGAUUGGGAAAUCAAAUUAAUAGAAAAAUAAUAAUAUGAAGAAUUAUUAAUUGAUCCUAACUCUAUACCUGACAUUAAAUAACAAAAUGAGUUAGAUUAAGUUCCUCCUGUUGAUGAAGAAGGCCAAAUAUUUCGAUUAAAAUAAGAGAAUUCGCAUCAUCUCAAAUUCAUGAAAUAAUUACAUGAAAAAUACUUCGAUCACAAUUCCUAUAAGCAUUUAUAGCAAAUUUAAUUGCAUAAAACUACAUCUAUUGAACCUAAUAGUUAAGCUACUAGCAAAUAAAAUAAUUAUUAAACUAGCAAUAAUACUCUAAUUUAAGUUGAAUCUUAACCUUAAAUUCUUAAUAAUGUUGCAUAAUUUUCUAAAAGAAAAGAUUCCAAAUCAUAUACAUCAUUUAAAUAAUGUUAAGAGCAUAAAGAAAAUCGAAAGUUUCGAUAAUCAAAUGAUGAUUAUGAUUUGGAAAUGGCAAAUGAAGAUGGACCCAAUCUUGACUUAAAAAAUCUCGAAGUCAAUUACUUUUUAAAAUGA